CUAACUAUAUGUAUUAAACAGUAUUUGAAAAUCAGUUAUUUUUAUUGUCAAGUCCUGAGUCUAGUGUUCUUUGUUUUCCUGCCAGAGCAACUGAUAUCAUAAACACCUAAAACAAACAUUUCUUUGCAUUGGCACCUCUACUUUAGGUGUUUGUGAUCUCAGUAGCAAGAGAAACAACUCUGAGCUCAAGAUUUUCCAAGUGAAUGUAAAACACAGAUUUUCUAAUAUUUUAUUUUACAAGGUAUUAAACUCCAUAUAUCUUUGACAUAAGCUUAUCAUAUAGCACUGAACACAGCUGGAGCUUACCUAUUGUAUACAACACUGUAUAAACUUAUCAGGUAGUAUGUUAUUGAUUUGAGAUCUUAAAAUGGUUUUUCAUGUCAACACUAAUUCCUCUUCAAAGAUCAUAAGCAUAAUGGACCCAAACUUUUUUUUCUCUUUUUAAAGAGCAAUUUUUCUGUCCUCUUGAGGAGAGUUUAUAUGAAAAUACAAUUGAUGGAAAUCAGAUUCACAUCAUCAUCCUUAUAAGAUGCAUCUCACACCAUGAAAGUAUGUUUUGUGUUAAAGCAAUACACAGGGAUGUCAUUGAAUAUCUCUAUUUAAGAAUAUCCUCAGUGGCAUACCAGAGAUUGUAAAGAUGCUCCUCUUCUCUCCUGCUUCGUUUAGCAACAACCAUCCCCCCACCCUGCUUUCCUACCAGGGAAUUGUUACAGCUUGUGCCAAUGACAGAUCCUGGUGCAUUUCUGUGAUCGUUUAACACCUGCUCUGAAUGGCCCCCACAGGAGCCAGGUCAACAGUUUAAGAAGAUUAAAGGAGUCUUUGCAGAGUUUGAUGUGUCAGAUACUAUUAAUAGGGAGAUGAAGCACAACAGGAAGACUAUUGGAUUUACAGUAAACCCAAGCAGAGCCUGAGCAGCAGCAGGACUGGUGCAUUUUCUGACAGCAUUGGGAAGGGAACAGUAUGUAGAAGGAAUGAUCUUACUGACAAACUCCUGGAGGCAAACAAACUUCAUGAGGGGACACAACAGGGUGGCAGUUCCCUGAAGAGGCUGUGCAAUCUUUCCUCACACUGAACUCCCAGACACAGGGAUGGAAUCCUGCCUUCAUUGCAAAAGAGCCUCAAAUUGAUCAGUUGUAAUUACUUAUUAACUAACCUUUUAUCAGCCUGAUCUCCUAGGCUUAGCUAGCCAUGGUUUCCCUUUUUACUGGGAAGAUCCUGAUUACAAACAACAAGGACUGUGAUGAAGUGGACACUGAGCGUGAACUUAGCCAGAGACUGGAUAACAAAGUGAUGCUGCUGUAUUUUGGAUCUGGUGAAUGCACUCGAUGCCAGGAGUUUUCACCUGUCCUCAAAGAUUUCUUUGUGAAACUCACUGAUGAAUUUUAUGUGGAAAGGGCUUCCCAGCUGGUCCUGGUGUACGUGUCUCAGGAUGAGACAGAGGAGAAGCAAGAAAAGUUCCUGAAGACCAUGCCAAAAAGGUGGCUGUUCUUACCCUUCCAGGAUGAGUUCAAAAGGGAGCUGGAGUUGAGGUUUGCUGUGUCUGACACACCUGUAGUGGUGGUGCUGAAGCCAAGCGGGGAGGUGAUUGCUGGGAACGCUGUGGAGGAGAUCAGGUGCUUGGGCACUGCUUGUUUCAGGAACUGGCAAGAGGCCGCUGAGCUGGUUGACAGGAGCUUUUUCUUGGCAGAGGACUUUGAUGACUUGGCCAAAAGGAGCAUCACCGAUCCAAUCCGCCACCUCAAGUACAAGCUGGAGAAGAAGACAAGGAAAAAGGAGAGAAGGGAAGUGCUCUGUCCUGAUAUUGAAUUAUGAAGUUCCAGCGGUACAUACAUUUGGUAGGCUUGUGGUUGGCCUGAAACAGGACUCAACUGUUUCCAGACACAAGAGGGUAGCUUUACUGCAGCACACGUUAGAACAGACAGUCUCAGGAUCUCAGUGGCAACUGGAGGAUUCUGAACAGGGAACAUGUGGCUGGGGAGAUGAGACAGCCAUGCCAGGAUUAAAGAUGCAGCCUGAGGAGAGGCAUUUCCUUUUCCUCA